GGUAGCCAGUGCAAGUGACGCGGGGGACACCAACACAAGCAAAGGAGAGGAGAGAGAGGGAAAGAGAGAAAGAAUUAGCUUCUCACUCACCUCACUCAUUCAUCAACUCAAGCCGCACUCACUCAAGUCCCGACAUGUGCUGAGUUCAAAUUUCAAGCCCCGGUCGUGAAGUCAGCACUCGAGAAAAUAUCUUGGGUCAGCAUUGCCAAGCCUCAAAUGAUGAGCAUGCAAAUUUAUCUCGCUAUGGUUCUGGCAGCGUGGGCGGUGGUGGUCGGGACGUGUUCGUCCAGCACCGUGUCGUGUGACUCCUGCGGCCCUGAGUGCCAGACGGCUUGUGGCACCAAAAACUUCAGGGCGUGCUGUUUCAACUUCCUGAGGCGCCGCCGCUCCUACUCCCUGCCUGUGCGCAGAAGCCAAGGUGUCGGAACAGCCGCUGAAUGGAAGGCGCUGCGUGGAGCCCUAAUGUCACCAGCAGCAGCAUCCCGGGGGCUUCCUUUCGCUCAGUUCCUCGAGGCAUCGGAGACAGACCCCGCCCCGCAGCCAACCAAACACCACAGGGAUCCCAGUAGCCUCGCCUCCGUGCUCACCACUCUUCUGCAGGAUUCGAGCAUGGACGAAGAGGACGAGGACGAAAUGCUGGAGCUGGAGGGUGAAGGAGGCGGUGAAGGGAUUCCUGAAGCUAGCGCUGACGAUGCUACGCUGUCCCGCUUGGUAGCAUUUGCUUUCCACCAGCCACCCCCACCGCCACGCUCACCCCUCAACCAGCACUACCCUGCGCAUUCCCCACCUCCUCCUCCUCCGGCAGGCGACGUGGGGAAGUAAACACUAGCUCUGUGACACCCUGCAGGAAGACCUAAAUUGACCCCCUCCUACCUGUCCUCAAGUACUAGUGAAGCUGCAGUACCUGGAUGAACUACUGAUUAAUUAGUACCUACACAGCACAGCCAGUACGGGUUGAUUGCGUAACUAGUGGUAAGAGACGAAGUGUGAUAUUCCUAAAGGUUCCUAUUGGAUAUAACUAGACAGUGCAGUGACCUAUUCACCCUACCACCCUACCUCAAUGACUGUACCUCCCUCUCUCCCUCACUCCCUCUCUCCCUCCCUCUCUAAAUUAACCUAACCUUCCUGAGUUUUACUGUCUUUUUUCUCGUUUCCCUUCCUAAUUUUGAGUAAAUGAUAUGUUUUCACUUUUUUUUCCCCACUCUUGUAUUUACAACCACUUUCUCUUCCCUACCUCUCUUUUCAUCUUUAUCCUCCUCAUUCCCUUCCCUCCUCUACUUGCUCGUUCGUGUUCGCUCUUAAUCUCGUUCUCAUCCCGCCAACGCCCCUUCCCUGAGCUCCCAGUCAAGGUAUCGCCCGAAAUAAAGCAAUCCUUUCUCGA